AGUAGUUUUUCCUUUGUCUUUCUUUGGUUUAAUUUGGUUUAAUUUAGUUAAUUUUAUUAUUUUUUUGUGUUAAUCAUGUAUAAUCUGAGGUAAAAAACCUAACUCAAUGUCGCGCCGCGGCCAGGAAAAUCGGAUCUUUGUCUCCGAUAGCAGUGAAGAUUUUGAUAGGAUUGAGGUGCUUACCACGUCAACAUCGUCAUCGCGAAGCGAACUAUUUACGCAACCAGGAGGCAGCCAAAAUCUGCUAACCAGCAUUGUUAGUGGACAGCAACUGAGAGUCUUCGGCACUGCAAAUUCAAGUGAUGACAAUAAAAGUAAGCUAAGCGAUUGUGGCGGCAGUCGUGAAGGUACAGAGGAGCAGUGUGGCGAUGAAUCCAUAGAAUUAAUUGGUCAUUUCGGAGGACUUAAGCAUCCCAGGCGGGCAACUUCGCCGAUGGCAGUGCUGGCUGGUAGCUUCAGUCGUGGUGCAACACCCACGAAUAUGGUGCGGCGCUGGUCACAAGCAUUGACACGCUUUGAUCGAGAUAAGCAUAGCAUACGAGAGAAGACCAUAUAUCGCAUGGCAUCGCGUAAAUUUUUCGAAGUUGAUGGAAAACUGCUCUCUACUAGUGGUGUGGAUGCGGAAAAUGAAGUCGAAUUGUUGGCACAGGAAAUCGAGCAGCAUGAUGGUCUUAUGCAAGAUACCGCACUCAGCCAUCAACAUAGGCUUGAAACACUGCGUGCACUGCCACAGCCGCUUUGCGUAAAGCGGCUGCUUAAGCGAAAAUUGGCCAUCACAAUUGAACAACAGACCAUCAAUAAGCAAGACUGUAGCUGCUGCCACAACUUCACUAAUACUUUCAUAAGUUUUCUACUAAGAAGUUGGAAGCUCAUAGGUGCUAUAAGUCAUAGUUGCGAAAUUUGGUAUGACGAGCUCAAGGCAAUCGAGGGUCAUUUUGGUUGUAACGUUAGUUCCUUUUUUAAAUUUCUUCGUUGGCUACUAAUGCUAAAUGUGUUGGUAUUGCUUUGUGUUUUCACCUUCAUCACAUUUCCACAAAUACUCUACAAUGCAAUAGCAACGGAGGUGUAUCUCAAUGAAACAUUUUUAGCUGAAAAUUAUACAGAAAGGCAUAGCGAAAGCGCGACUGGGCUCUUCACAAACAUAUUAACCGGAGAAGGUUGGCUGCAAAACUCACUAAUUUUCUACAGUGGCUACAGUAAUGCAACAUUUCGCCUACAUCCUGCACUUAGUCAAUACAGCUUACCACAAUCAUAUUUCAUGACAAUGCUUGUGCUCUACUUGCUAAUAUUUAUAGUUAUUUCCACAAAAAUGGCACGGGUGUAUCGCAUUAGCUUCAUUCAAGCCGCUGGUGGUGCUAGAGGUAUGAUGACGGCUAAAACUUUUUGCGUUUGGGAUUUUGGCAUUUCCAAUCGCAAAGCGGCUGAGUUGAAGCACAUCGCAAUUUUUGCCGAACUUAAGGCAGUACUUAAUGAGAGGGCUGUGCCCAAGAGAAAAUUAACAAUUUGGUGGCGUAUUUGGUUUAUCUGCUCGCGUGUCAUUGCACAUGUGCUAGUGGCUGCUAUAAUAGGUGGUGCGGGAAUAGGCGUGUGGAUAUUGCUGAAAGAACUUGAUUCAACUGAUGCUGUGGCUGGCUGGAGAACCCUUUCAACUGCCGGCAUAUUAAAUCUUACAAUGCUCUUAAUGCAAUCCGUCUUAUCGUGGAUUUCGAGGAUGGAAGAUUAUCGUACGCCCCGCCGUACGCUACACAUAGCCUUGCUGAGGAAUUUCAUGUUGGAGGCGGUUAUUAUUAGCGUGCUGGUAUACUUCCUGCUAACAAAGAAAUACAGCGAAUGCUGGGAAACUCAUAUCGGACAGGAGUUGUAUCGUUUCAUUGUAAUGGAUUCCUUCAUUUGCCUGAUUAUUAUACCUUUCCUCUGUGGCGCACGCGCACUUUUGUCAAGUGUUUACUGGCCUUGGCUUGGUGGGCCCGAGUUCGAUAUUUCACAAAAGAGUUUAGGUCUCGUUUACAAUCAAACUCUUUUGUGGUUAGGUUUGCUAUUUGCACCACUGCUUGUCGCCAUUAUCGUUUGCAAAAUGUUCCUCAAAUUCUACAUUAAUAAAACUCUAUUGCUGCAUCUAUGCAAGCCAUCCUGUCACAUUUGGCGUGCGGCGCAAACACAAACGCUUUUCCUGGUUUUCACUUUUGUAUCACUGCUGGGCGUUAUUUUGACGCUGGGCUAUAUUAUGACACAGCUACCCAUGAGUGCGCAGUGUGGCCCAUUUCGUGAAUCCAGUUAUAUGUUUCAAAUAUUUAUAGACGGUGUUUUGCAGCUACGUCAAAACCAAACGCUCUGGCGUCUUCUCACACUGCUCAUACGUCCAGCUGCUGUGGGCAUAAUGUUAGUCAUAAUGAGCAGCCUGGUUUACUAUUUGCGCGCCAAGUCGCGUGCACGCCGUCUAAUGGUGAAGCUGUUGAAAGAAAUGAUAUAUUUGGAGGCUAAAGAUAAGGAAUUUCUGCUGAAUCGUAUUAUGAAUUUUACGAAAAAUCGCGACACAUCACUUUUCGAUAAAAAAUCACUUGGCAAAGGGCGACAACAAACGAUUCAAACACCACCAACAGUUGAAGUUUUUGUACAAAAUGAAAUUGCAACUAUUCAGAGCAAUGCGGCAGCACGAAGCGACGGUUUCAUUCUACGUAGUCGUAAUGCUUAGUUAAGUAUUUUAAUUAUUUUAGAUCACAAGGCAAGCUAUAUAGUGAUACAUUUUGUUUGUAAUUAUUUAUUUGAAUCGAACAAAUUAUAAAUCGUCGCUGCUGUUGUAACGGCAUAAAACAAUCUGCAUGCAAUUUUCAAGAAUGCUGCGGAAGUGACAAUCUUUGCCCGGCUGUAAAAACAGGUCGUUCCAACAAGCGCGGAAAUGCUCCGAUUUAGAGAAUUAUUUUACUGAUGUCCUAUUAUAUACUCUACAUAAUUAUAAUUCAUUUAUGAAAUCUACUUAAAAUUAUGUGUGUAUGUAUGUAUAUAUUUGUUAUAUUUAUUUGCUAAGACAGUAUAAAACGUAAAACACAAUUAGUUUGUGUUAGUUUGUUCAUGUGUGGCGUUAAAGUGAAUGCAAUUUAAUUUAUUAUUAAGCUGAAACUGACCGUUGUGGCAAUAACAAAACUAUUAGGUGAAAUAUAUUAAAAAUAU